ACAUUCGAUCUGUUCAAUAAUUUCGCUAUGAGCCAGUCAGCUGUCACCACUGUCCAAACGCUUUGGCGCAAAUAACUUUGGAAGCCGGGGCAAGUCUAGGCGCGGCACGAUCAAACGAAGUCUCCCAGAUUUGUGUCAAACCGAGGCGCUGAGAGUAAACAAUAUGGCGAGCACCUUCCUAACGUGCUCUCACCAACAACAAAGUUUGAUCACUAUCACGUGAAUGUUUAUCCUGAAAGUACAAAUCGUGUUCUCAGUCAUAACAAAUUUGACGAUUUUUUUUAGUGAUUGCAGGAUAGUUUGACGGGUGCACCAGUUCAGCCGAUCGAACGGGCACUGCUUUGGAGAAUCUGUUCUUGUCCUGUGACAGUCACUGUCUCCCUCGGGCAAACUUCUGUUCCACAGUUAAACUAGUACAGGCCACGUUGCAAGCGCUCAGCGUCUGCAGAUUCGGACGAGACAGCACUUGUCGUUCACAACGAUGAGACGAAAUACUAUCACGUUGAUCAAAUACAUUCUGGGAGGAACAAUCUUUUUCCUGGUCGGACCAUUCACUCUCCGCUAUCUCUUCGGGGGCAACAGCGCACGUGAAGACUUUGUUGAUGCCGAUGUUAAUCUGCCACGCCCACACGAAGGGGAGAGACAAGUUGAUUUUGGUACUGGUGAACUCAAACAGAUUGACUGGCAUGACUACAAGCUUAUAGCCGAGGAGCAGCAGAGGAAGGGUCCUGGGGAACAGGGUUCUGCUGUGAUCCUCUCGGCUGCGGAUGAACAGAAGAAGAAUGAUCUGUACAAAGUUAAUGGAUUCAACGCAUAUGCCAGUGACAAGAUUUCCCUACAGAGGGCGCUAAAAGACAUACGACAUCCAGACUGUCAAAGGAAGAAGCACUUGAACAAGUUGCCAACUGCUAGUGUCAUCGUCCCCUUCCACAAUGAGCACUGGUCCACGCUGCUACGGACAACGUACAGUGUCAUUGACCGCACGCCUAAACAUCUCAUACACGAGGUCAUCCUGGUGGAUGAUUUCAGCAACAAGGAGUUUCUUAAGGAAAAACUAGAAAAAUAUGUGAAGGAGAAUUUUGACAAUGUGAAGGUUGUACGUGCGGAGAAGCGUGAGGGUUUGAUCCGAGCUCGUCUGUUGGGGGCGAAGGCAGCCACUGGGGACGUUCUCAUCUUCCUCGACUCCCAUGUGGAGGCCAACAUCAACUACCUUCCUCCACUGCUGGAGCCGAUAGCUCUCAACAAGAAGACGGUAGUAUGUCCUUUCAUUGAUGUGAUUGACUACGAGAACUUCGCCUACCGCGCCCAGGAUGAGGGCGCCAGGGGAGCGUUUGACUGGGAGUUCUUCUACAAGCGAUUACCUCUCCUCCCUGAAGAUAAAAAACACCCAGCUGAUCCGUUCAAGAGCCCAGUAAUGGCAGGCGGGCUGUUCGCCAUCGACCGGGAGUGGUUCUGGAUGAUGGGAGGGUACGACCCAGGACUUGACAUCUGGGGUGGGGAGCAGUACGAGCUGUCCUUCAAAAUCUGGCAGUGUGGAGGGCAGAUGGUGGACGCCCCCUGUUCCAGGAUUGGACAUAUCUACCGCAAGUUUGCUCCGUUCCCCAAUCCUGGAGUGGGUGACUUUAUAGGCAGAAACUACCGGCGAGUGGCUGAGGUGUGGAUGGACGAGUAUGCUGAGUUCCUGUACAAACGCCGGCCUCACUACCGCAGCGUCGACACCGGAGACAUCAGCGCGUAGAAAGCCAUUCGCAACAAGCUGAAAUGUAAACCAUUCAAAUGGUUCAUGGAGGAAGUGGCCUUUGACCUUGUCAAAGUGUAUCCCCCUGUUGAGCCAGAACCAAUGGCUGAAGGAGAGUUGAGGAAUAAAGCCAGUAACUAUUGUGUGGACACUCGGUUCAAGGGGGCCAACGAGAGGUUCAACCUGGAGCCGUGUAUUAAGGACGGAGGCGGAGCUAAUGGAGAACAGACAUUUGAGUUUUCUUGGCACAAAGACAUCCGUCCAAGGAAGAGGACAGUCUGCUUUGAUGUAUCACAAUCUAUGAAGAAAGCACCGAUAAUACUGUUUAACUGUCAUAACAUGUUAGGCAACCAGCGCUUCAAAUACAAAGUGGGCACAUCCCAGAUCUACCACCCUGUGAGUGGACAGUGUCUAGACUGUGACCCAGCCAGCCACGAGAUGUUCAUGAAUCCAUGCGACGAGUCGAGCGAUACACAAAAAUGGCAAUUCGAAAAAAUGAAUACAACAAUAGUUUUAAAAGAUUGGGAUAUUCCGUUAGAUUAAUGAAAAUAUAUGCUAAUUAAGUUUAAGAAAUUAUUAAAUUCGCUCAAGCAAUAUUAUUUUGUUUGUUGAUUAUGUUUUGGUAGGGUGUCUGUGAUGUUUGGAUGAAGGCAAUGUUUGAAGCGUGUGGUCACAAAUUUACAGUCACAAUUUUAAGGUUGAUAUACAUGUUGAUCAGGUACUGUUGACUUGAAUGUACAUAUGGUGUGAAAAUGUUGUCACAACUUAAAACCAUCCCCCUGUUUAAGUGUUCAUCAACUCUUUUGUUACAUACCUCUCAAACUUUGGGUUUAAGUUUCAGUAUGAUCAACUUGAAUUAUUACCACAUAUAUUUAUAAGUAUAGGUAUAGCUCAUGUAAGAACACGGUUAUAACAGAUUGUUUCAAAAAUUGUGUUCCCAAAGCAUCAUUACAAGCUACAGCUGUAGAAUGCGUGUUGAGCAAGGUACCCAUUUCUUAGGCUGAAUAAGGAAACAUUUCUCAGGCAUGGACGUGUGUCUUUAAAAACUGUGUCAGUGAUUUUAUUGGCAAUAAAAAAUAUAUUUUUCAGA